AUGAAUAAACGUAAAUUGGAAAACAAUUCUCAUUUGGAGAUACUCCAAAAAAAAUUAAAAAAAUAUCAGCAUUUAAUUGAUCAGGAAAUGUCAUCAAAUUUAGUCGACGAUUCUGUUGAUAAUUCUUCAUCUGAGGACUCAGAUGUUGACGACCAAGAUCAGAGUAGUAAAUCUGAUAUUGAAAUGGAAAAUGCCUCAGAUAAAAACUUGAAGGCGUCAGUGGAGUUGCAGGAGACGAAGGGUUCUGAAGUUCCCACCCUCAGUGAAUCGGUGCUCCAAAUCCUGGGCUCGGAGAAGAGACUUUUAAAGGAUAAAUGCUUUGUUUUGCACCCUGAACUAGCGUCAUGCUGGAAAGAUUUAUUAGCUUCAGGCAUGAACAAAGAAGAUAAGUCUAAAAUGAUUGAAACUUAUCCUAACAAAGGAAACUGUCCUCUAAUUGCACCAACUCUCAAUCCGGAAUUACUCCCUCUUUUACAUAAAACGGCUAAAUCUCGUGAUAAAUUUUUUGCUAAUCAUCAGGAUGUGUGUGGCCGUAGUUUAGUGGCUAUUGGUACAGCCAUCUGCAAUAUUUUGAAUGAUGAAGAGGAACCGGUAGAUAAGGAACAGCUUUUAAAGCUUCUUUGUGACUCCAGCAGCAUGAUGUGUGACCUGUUUUUCCAGUUGUCCAAGUCCAGACGUGCACAAUUGUACUCAUGUGUUGAUGGAAAAAGGAAGUCUGUUCUUGAAGAUUCACCCACAGAUGAAUUUCUUUUUGGCAUCGACCUUGCUAAAAGAAUUAAGAAUGCCUUAGCUGUUGAAAAAACAAGCUUGUCUUUAAAAAAUCAAACUCCACGAAGAGAUUCAAAUCGACCUAAAAACUCUUUAAACUGGAGAAGCCCGUCUGCUUCAAGGAUCAGCUCCAGUCAGACGGGCUACAGACGUCACUUCAACAAAUCAUCAGCUGCAAACAAUCACAAUCAAAUCACAACUCGAUCCCGAUCAGGGAACCAACUCCCUCCAGCUCAAAAUGCUCAGACACAGAAGAAAUAAAGGUGAGUCCUACUGCGGGUAGGUUAAAGUAUUUCGUACAUGCUUGGGCCAAAAUCACCUCCGAUCCUUUUAUCCUUGAGACGAUCUCCGGAUACAAAAUUCCAUUUAUCUCUACACCAACUCAAUCUUCAAAGCCCUCCAAUAAUCAUUUAUCUGAAAAUAAACUUGAGGUACAGAAGGCUGUGAAUGACCU